AAUCCAAAAAGUAGUAGUCUAGUAGUAAGUGAACUCUCCUGUAUCUGCAUUUCAGAGAUCCCACUAUUAGAAUCUUUCACAAACACGACUAACUGUGCCGAUCUGACAGAAUUUGUGACACUUACACCUUGCGAUGUUCCUGUCCUGCAGCAAGAAAGGGAAGGGCCUUCCUCUCCAAGUUUAACAGAUACAUUGUCAAUCUCAAGCAGUCUAAGUAGCGACACAAGUGAUGCUGGAUUUCAAAUGAUUCAACCUGUCAUGGAAUUUACCCGUGCAAGAAAUACUGUGGAGCAGAUUCUCACUUCCAAGCCUGCAGGGAUGACUGUGAUUAAAGAGUAUGAAGAGACUGGGAGUUUGAAAGAUUCCACCAGGCGAUUAUUGGUGAACAUCAUUGUAGCUCACAUGCAUGAAAAGGAAGGGAGAGCUGUAAGUAAAGCAACAAAGGAGUUUCAUGCCUUUGGGAUUGUGUCGCUCUUCCCAUUUUUGAAAGACCCAUACUCAAAAAAGGGAUAUGAACAUUUCUAUGACAUGCAGAGCAACAAAGGCUUUCUUGAGUGGCGUAUAAAAACUGUGCAGCGUCAAUCCAAAACCUCAUCUGCAUCCCGUAACAGAGUGGAGCUGAAAGGAGGUCCCACAUCGUCAAGAACAUCUGGAUCCAUAGAUGACCAGCAAACAGGAGAUGAAUGUAUGGAGGCCAUGUCUCUUCUUCACCACAUCACUGACCGUGACUUUAUCUUCCAGAAGAUGAAAGAAACAUUCCAUUAUCGGCAAAAGAUACUCCAUGACCCACAGCAAUCGGCAGACAUACAUCAAAGGUUUCCUCGUUUCUUGGACACUAAAGGACUGAUUUUGCAAGACUUCUUGAUGAUGUUUGGAGCAGAGACUGCUUCCAGGUUCCUGGAAAAAUGGAACACCAGUUUUAAAGACAAAGUCAUUCAAGAGGCCAGGACCCUCAGAGAGACGUCUCUCCUGAAAAAACAGCUGAAAUCUGCCCUGAAUGAAGAAUCUGACACUGCUGAUGAGCCAGAGGGGGACAGCGACAUGGCAUCUCUUCUUGUAUUGCUCCAUCUGCUAACUCCUCAACCAGCUGGAAGGAAGCGGCCCAAAAAGAUCAGUGUUGGAGAGGCAACUGAUCAUUUGGUUAAAUUUCACAAGUCUUGCCACAGCCUUGAAGAACAUCUCAUGACGAUCGAAGGAAACCCCCAGCCGUAUCUGCUGGCCACGGGGACUUCAAAAGCACAGGUUUUCACCUUCUACAUAGUCUUGGAUAGAAAGCUUCUUCCAUGUCAAUCUUCUACAUCUCUGGGCGCAUUUGAUGAGCUGUUCAAGUCCCAUUUUGUUUUCAGUGUGCAAUAUGAUGAUGCUCUGUCAAGCUUGUACAGAUUCCUGCAGACUACUCUGUACAAUAUCGAUAUAGGGACAACAGAAGAAACUCCAAGAGUCAAAGAGUUAAGAGCAAAGCUGUUAAACAAGCACUAAUUUGCUAAAGCAGCAAACAUGUUCAGAUGUAUCCUUUGUGCGUCAUCCUUUGAUACAGUUUUACUUCUGUUCAGGCACCUCAAACUAAUUCAUGCAAUGUAUUCUGGGAAAAAUUUGAGACUAAAAUGUGGUCAAAUAGGAUGUUGCUUGCAAUUUUCAAGUUAUUCUGGAUUUAGAAGACAUCUAAUUAAGAUACAUGAUCUUACUGACAACACAUGUGUACCUCAUGAAACACCUUCCAACUAUGACACUCAAAUGCACAAUCAUUCUCAGUGCUUAAAUGAUGAAACACCCUCUACUUCAUCACAAUGCCAAAAUGUUGAAGCAGGCCCUUCACUGUCAACUCACAGCAAAGAUAUGUGUGCCUCCAUCAUAGCCAAAUUUUUGGGAAGCAGUGUACCCAAUACUGUAGUUCUUUCUACAAUUGAAAAUUUACAGGAAUUUGUGGAAGAUUUGCAGUCUAAUAUUCAGGACCAAGUAUUGAACUUACUUCCAGCUGACAAUCCCUCCAGAUCAGCCAUAGAAGAGCUUUUUAAAAGUAUGGACAACCCUUUUAGCCAGUUGAAUACGGAUAGCAAAUGGAAGAAGUAUUUCAGGGAAAAAUGGGAUAUUGUACAGCCAGUUGAACAGCGCCUAGGAGUAAGGUAUGAUACCAGACGAAAUAGCAAAACUGGAACCUUUGAGCAAGUUCCAAUCAAUGACAAGUUCAUAUAUAUUCCCAUACUGAAAACACUCCAGUUCAUUUUCAAGAAUGAAAGUAUUUGUGAGAUGAUGCAAACAUGUACUCAGUGUGAUAAAUAUGAUGACUUCUGUGAUGGAAGCUACUUCAAAAGUCAUCCUUUGUUUUCGAGUAGUAAGUUUUCCCUUCAAAUCCAACUGUACUAUGACAACUUUGAGUGUGCAAAUCCACUAGGUUCAAAAAAGGUAUACAUAAAGUUGGCUGCUUUUUCUUUAUCCUUAGAAAUCUUCCCCCCAGGGUGAAUUCUGCCUUAAUGAACAUUCAUCUUGUGUCAUUGUUUCAUGCACAAGAUGCUAAGAAAUACGGAAUUGAUGAAAUACUGCGAAAAUAUUAGAGACUACUGGGGUUGCAGUACCAUUUGCUGAUGUUUCUGUAUGUGGCACUCUUGCACAAAUUACUGGUGAUAACUUGGGUAUGCAUACCAUUCUUGGGUUCUUGGAGUCAUUUAGUGCAAAUUAUUUCUGUAUAUUUUGCUUAAUUGAUAAAUCUUCAGCUCAGUCAAUUUUCUCAGAAGAUGACCCAAGUUUGACUUUAAGAUCACCAGUUCUGAAUGAUCAGCAUUAUGAGUUUGGUAGAUGAUCUGACAUUAACUUCUUCAUUUGGUAUCAAGAGAAAGAGCAUACUUAAUACAUUAAAAUAUUUCAAUAUUGCAGAAAAUUAUGCAGUUGACAUAAUGCAUAAUAUUUUGGAAGGGGUUUGGAAGGUGACCUGGUACCAGAGGAUGAUUUGCACUGGCACUUGUUGCUGUUGUUGCUGAACAUUAUAAACAUUGUGUUCUCAUACUCAAUCACUGAAGGAAUGACUGUGUACUUAAAGCACCUGAUUAUUGAACAUCACAAACUCUUCAAAGAACUGUAUCCAUCAAAGAACUUGUUACCAAAACAUCAUUUCAUGGUCCACUAUCCAAGGUGCAUUCGAAAAAUUGGACCACUCAUUCAUAUCUGGACUAUGAGAUUCGAAGCCAAACAAAAAUUUUUCAAAGAUUGUGUGAAGAACUUUAAGAAUUUGACAGUGUCACUUGCAAAGAAACACCAAUUUGCAGUAGCUUAUCAUUGGGAAUGCUUAACUUCAAAAGCGGUUGAAUCUGGUCCAGUCAAACUGUGUUUACUUGAGACACUAGAAUAUGCAGAAGAUAUAUCUGCAUAUCUGCACAUUGAUACACAAGCCACUGUCAACCUCACAAACUGGGUAAAUUGUGGAGUUGAAUAUCGUGUUGGCCUCUUUGUUUGCACAAGCACUGAUGAAAACAUGCCAGUGUUCAGUAAAUUAACCUCUAUCAUUUUGCACAAUGGGAAAGUUGUUUUUGUUUUGGUUGAACAUGAAACUUGUUUCCAUGACCAUUUCCACUCUUUCCAAAUAAGUGAAAGCAUCCCUAGGAAGGUUUUGAUUCUAGAAAGGGAUAGAUUAAAGCAUUUCAAAUCGUUUGAUGCCCAAAUGUCCUAUGGGUGUGAUUCACAUUUUUAGGUUGUUUUAGAAAGUUGUAUUGUUUAAGUGAAUGUUUGCUGAAACAUUUUUUCACACUGUGAGUAAAGAAAGCACUUCUAUUCAAAAUAUAACUUGUAGCAUGGACUGUUAAACACUGUAUGGAUUUGUCAAUACAAAUAAAUAUUUGUAGUAAUAAUGGUAUAUUGCCCAAAUGUCCUAUGGGUGUGAUUCACAUUGUAUGUUGUUAUAGAAAGUUGUAUUGUUGAAGUGAAUGUUUGCUGAAAAAAAAAUGUUCAUGCUGUGAGUAAAUAAGGCACUUCUAUUCAAAAUAUAACUUGUUACGUAAGUAAGUAUCCAAGCAUGGAUUGUUAAACACUGUAUGGAUUUGUCAA